CCAAUCAACAUGAUGUUUCUAGGAGCUAGUUUAAUAUUUUUUAUAUUGCAAUCAUGCAGUGGAGUUAUAUAUCAUUUGAAUGACACAGAAUACGCACGCAUGCCGCCUCCAACUCAGCUAGAUGAUUAUGUACAAUGCCUAAAUCAAGAAAACAGUGUAUAUUGCCAAGUUGCUGUCACAUUACACGCAGAACCGGGGAAUGAGCUUAUGCAAAUGAUUCAGGAAUACUCUGCUAAUUCUUACAAACAUUUCAACUACAGUUUCGUUAACCACGGUGUUUGUGUCACAAAAACAUGUAAAAAAUUCAUUUUAGAACGAGGAACAAAAGAUACAAUGGACCUAGAACAGAUCCUUGAGGGAUGCCUUAACGAAAUGUAUGAAAAUAAAUAUGGUCUAAGAACACAAAUAUCUACGAUCUAUUCUUGUGAUCGUCCAAAUGAAAGAACAAAGAUUGAUUUUGGUGACAAAGUGUUUGGUGCUGUAGUUUUAGGAAUAGUUUUAUUAAAUACACUUGCAACUAUUUAUGACAUAUUGAGGAGGAGAGAAAAGGAUUUAACUGGUAAUCCAUUAAUAUUGAGUUUCUCAAUAAUACAAAAUUGGAAUCGUCUUGUGUCAUCAACUUCGAAUCCAGAUCCUAGAUUUGAUGACUUUCAGGGAUUGCAUGGAAUGAGAACAAUAACAACAUUCCUGAUGAUGACAGCUCACGUGGUGUGGAUCAUUGGGGAUGGAGCUGUUGAUAAUCCUCAUGACUUUGAAAAGUUAUAUGAAAAUAAGGUUUACCAAGUAUUAUUCAAUGGGACAUCUUUAGUACAAUUAUACUUCUUAUUAUCAGGUUUACUAUUAGUUUAUUCCAUGAAUGUAAACUCUGAGAAAAUGAAGAAUUCUUGGGCGCUGUUCCCUGUGAUGUUGUUCUAUAGAAUGUGCAGGCUUACACCAAGUCUAGCAGUUGUCCUAGGCUUCGUGAUGACCUGGUUCAGACAUUUGGGAUCAGGUCCAUUCUGGGGUAAGAUUAUAACACCCAUCUCCAAUGACUGUAGAAAAUAUUGGUGGUCACAUUUACUGUAUGUCAACAAUUUCAUAGAGGGCAAUAAAUGCGCUAUUGAAACUUGGCAUUUAGCAGCAGAACUACAAAUAUAUACGCUAGGACUCAUAGUGUUCUUGGCUACACAGAAGCGAUUUAGAAACCUGUGUAUAUUUGUAAUGUUUCUGGUUGGAUGUGUGAGUCCAGUUGUGCAUGUGUGGGUGUAUGAUUUGGAGGGGAUCAUGCCUUUGUCACCUGAACUAUUUCGUUCUCAAAUCAGCCCGACGUUCACUAAACUCUAUGUUCUGUUCUACAAUAAUACCUCAUGCUUUGCCAUGGGCAUGGUACUGGGAUCCUUCGUAUACAAUGCCCAGAAGAAUAAAAUCCAAUUCAAGAAAAAUAAGAUACUAGGUGUACUCCUAUGGCUUACACUUGUAUUUUGCGUACUUAUCAUAUACAGUGGGUCAGUUUUCUACAAAGAUGGCCCCCGAGCGUCUGUAGGACUCAGGAUGUUACAUGCUGCGUAUGAUAGAGUAUUAUUUGGUUCUAUGAUUACGUUCAUGGUUUUGGGCAUGGUGUUUAGGUUUGAAGACACAUUUUGCGACAUAAUCGAGUGGAGAGGGUGGAAAACACCCAGCCGGCUGACGUACGGUGUGUUCUUGGUACAUUUCAGCAUCAUACACUACAUCCAGGGCACGAGGACGCAGCUGUCUCACGUUUCGUCAUUUAAUUUUUUCAUGCACCAUUUGAGCAUUGUGUGGCUGUCCUUCUUCCUCGCCGUACCAAUUUACCUGUUUAUCGAAACACCAGUCAUUACAUUCUUCAAAGUGUUAUUAUUUGGUGAAAGGACAAAGGAAAAUACUAGAAAAAUUGAUUAAAACAUUAAUAUAAACUAGUUGUGCCACGCGGUUUUACCCGCAUUGCUCCGCUCCUGUUAGUCGAAGCGUGAUGAUAUAGCCUACAGCC